UAAACAACAGGUUAUAAUGGGAUGGAACGAAAUACCAUUGGAGCCAUCUGUAGAGCAGGGACCGUGGAUGCUCUCAGAUUCCUAACCCUGCUUCUGUGGGAGGCUGGUGCUCACCAUGCGCCCAGUCUCAGGAUGGGGAACGCCAUCCGGGCCUUCAUUGCCUUUGUCCCCACCAACGAGUGCCAGAACUACCUGCUUGGAGACCUCCAGGAGAUGCCACUGGACAAGAUGGUGGACCUGAGCAGCAGCCAGCUGCGAAGGUUCCCCUUACAUGUGUGCUCCUUCAAGGAGCUGGUAAAGCUCUACCUGAGUGACAACAAUUUAAACAGCCUGCCCCCGGAACUGGAGCAGCUGCAGAACCUUCAGAUUCUGGCCUUGGAUUUCAACAAUUUCAAGGCCUUGCCUCUGGUUGUGUGCACCCUGAAGCAGCUUUGUAUCCUCUACCUAGGGAACAAUAAGCUACAGGACCUGCCCUUGGAGCUGAGCUUGCUGCAGAACCUCAAGACCCUCUGGAUAGAGAAUAACUAUAUGACCCAACUGCCUGAGGUCAUCUGUGAGUUGAGCCUGCUCAAAACUCUGCAUGCUGGCUCCAACGCCCUGCGCCUACUCCCCAGGCAACUGAGUAACCUCCAGGAGCUGAGGACCAUCUGGCUCUCAGGCAACCUGCUGACCGAUUUCCCCACGGUGCUACUCCACAUGCCCUUCCUGGAAGUCAUCGAUGUGGAUCGAAACAACAUCUCCUACUUUCCCAGCCUGGUUCACCUGCCAGGCCUGAAGCUGGUCAUCUAUGACCAUAACCCCUGCAGGAAUGCCCCUAAGGUGGCAAAGGGAGUACGGCGUGUGGGGAGAUGGUCAGAGGAAACCCCUGAGCCUGAUCCCAGAAAAGCCAGGCGGCUUCGGAUGGCCAAGCAGGAGGCUGAUGAGGUCCAGGCACCUGCGCCCCCUGCCCCUCCUCUUCCUAUGUCUGAGAAACUUGACUAAUGCCUUCCCUUUGUGAUGAUCUGCAUUGUACCCUUUCUCUAGCUUGUUGGUACAUAGUGUUGCAUGUUGUUUCUCCCAUUAUGAUGUGAGGUCCUCAAGAGCAGGAACUGUCUUUUGUCUGUCUUUGUACC